CCAACUGUCAGCGCGGCGGGCCUGGCUGCCAGCCAUGGGGGCGGCCGGGCAGCUCCUGCGCGCGGUGAUCAUGGGCUCCCCAGGCUCCGGCAAGCACACGCUGUCACUGCGCAUCACCAGACACUUCGAGCUGAAGAAGCUCUCCAGCGGGGAACUGCUCCGAGACAACAUACUGAGGGACACAAAAACCGGAAUGCUGGCCCGGCCCUUCGUGAAGCAGGGGGAGCUCAUCCCGGACGACAUCGUGACGCCGCUGACCCUCCAGGAGCUGAAACGCCUCGCUCCCUACAGCUGGCUGCUGUGUGGCUUCCCCAGGACACUCCCGCAGGCGGAAGCGCUGGAGAGAGCGUAUCAGACGCACCUGGUGCUGCACCUGAACGUGCCCUUUGAGGCCAUCAUGCAACGCCUCUCUGCUCGCUGGGUCCACCCAGCCAGUGGCCGCGUCUACAACCUUGACUUCAAUCCUCCCAAAGUGCUGGGCGUGGAUGAUCUGACCGGAGAGCCUCUCGUUAAGCGUGAGGACGACAGACCAGAGAUCCUCAUCAAGAGACUGAAAGCUUACGAAGACCACACAAAACCGGUCCUGGAAUAUUACCAGGAAAAGGGGGUGUUGGAAACCUUCUCUGGAACAGAAACCAACAAGCUCUGGCCCUGUAUACAUGCUUGCCUGCAGAGGAAAGUUCCCCAUGCACACUGGAAGCAUUGGCUAUUCCAUGAGGAAAAAUGCUCGUAAUUAGCGAGAUGAGACUCUCUACCUUCCUUCAUUUAUAAGUUCCUCCUUCUAAGACUCCACCAUGUAUGCAUUCUUUGAAAAUUAUAUUCGUGUUCUUUCUACGGAUUUUAUUCUGGGUAGUAAAGAUAGGCCAAAUGAGUCAGAUAGUAAGACUUAUCGUUUGAAAUUGUGCGGUGUGUUUUAUCCAGCUACCUUCUGUGUUUAACUCAAAAUCAUCAGAGAUGACUAGACUCUU